UUGGGCAGUGCAGCAUGGCAUCGAGAGACCUCUCUCACUUCCCAAACCAAACAAAGAAAGUCCUUUUCUUCUUACCUCUCCUCUCCCUCCUCUGCUUCAUUUCCAUCUUCGCCGUUCUCUCUUACAUUAGAAACACAUCCUCCGUUCCCUCCCGACCUCACAGCUCCCUCGAAUUCCGGAAACCCCCCGGAUCCGACCCGACGGAGCCGGCCGGGUCCUGCGACUACUCCGAUGGAGCCUGGAUCUACGACCCGAAUGCGUCUCCCAAGUACGACAACACCUGCAAGGAGAUCUUCAAGGGCUGGAAUUGCAUUUCCAGCAACAAAUCCAACGGCCGCGAACUCGUCAAGUGGAGGUGGAAGCCUAAGCACUGUGACCUCCCGCCGUUCGAUCCCGCUAGGUUUCUUCAGAUGUACAGAGACACCAGCAUUGGGUUUAUUGGUGAUUCCUUGAACCGGAAUAUGUUUGUUUCGCUGUUCUGUUCGUUGAAAGGCGUGUCGAGUGAAGUAAAGAAGUGGCGGCCGGUUGGUGCUGAUCGCGGGUUCACAUUUCUUCAGUAUAAUGUUACGCUUGCGUAUCAUAGGACAAAUCUUUUGGCUCGUUACGGUAGGUGGUCAGCCAAUUCUAAUGGUGGCGUGCUGGAAUCUCUUGGAUAUAAAGAGGGGUAUAGAGUUGAUGUUGACAUUCCGGUUGACACAUGGGCUGAAUCUCUCAGCUUUCAUGACAUUCUGAUAUUCAACACAGGGCACUGGUGGUGGGCUCCUGCAAAGUUUGACCCUAUGAAGUCGCCUUUGCUUUUCUUUGAAAAUGGUCAGCCUGUAGUUCCUCCAGUACUUCCUGACGCUGGCCUCGAUAUGGUUAUGAAACAUAUGGUAAUGUUUUUAGAGAAGAGACUGAAACCUGGUGCAAUCAAAUUCUUUCGUACUCAAUCACCUAGACAUUUUGAAGGAGGUGACUGGAACCAAGGUGGUUCUUGUAACCGGCAAAAUCCUUUGUUGCCAGAGCAGGUUGAAGAACUCUUCUCAUUGAAGAAUAAUGGAACAAAUGUAGAGGCACGACUCGUGAAUCAACACCUUUACAAGGCCCUUGAGGGGUCAAGUUUCCAUAUUUUGGACGUAACCCACCUGAGUGAGUUCAGAGCAGAUGCCCAUCCAUCGGCAGCUGGUGGGAAGAAGCACGAUGAUUGUAUGCACUGGUGCUUGCCAGGAAUAACAGAUACUUGGAAUAACUUGUUCAUAGCACAGUUAAAUAAUGUCAGAUUUAGAACAAAAUAAAUCUUGUGCGUUGAGAUUUUUCAGUUCUUUUUUAUUGCAGUAUUUCAGUGGAAUGAAAAUCUCUUGCGCAAGUCAUUGAUUUC